AUGGCCGCCACCACCGUCACACUUCCGGAGCCUUUCGCCUCCAUCCCACGGUCAACCCUGACCUUUGGACCGUCGCCAAUCCAGGCUCUCCCCAAGAUCUCAAAAGCACUCGGCGGCAAGGUGAACGUCUACGCCAAGCGUGAGGAUGUGAACUCAGGGCUGGCCUUCGGCGGCAACAAGGUCCGCAAGCUGGAGUACCUCGUCCCCGAGGCGAUCUCGCAGGGCGCCGACACACUGGUCUCAAUUGGCGGCGUCCAGUCCAACCACACACGCGCCGUCACAGCUGUUGCCGUCGCCAGCGGUCUGAAGGCCGCCACUGUGCAGGAGCACUGGGUCGACUGGACGGACCCUGGGUACGAGAAGGUCGGCAACCUGCAGCUGAGUCGGCUCAUGGGCGGGAAUGUCCAUCUGGACCCCAGUGGUUUUGGCAUUGAGCACAAGACUACCCUGGCGAAUCUCACCAAGGAUCUGGAGAGCAAGGGACAGAAGCCAUAUUACAUCCCCGCCGGCGCAAGUGAUCAUCCAUUCGGCGGUCUGGGCUUUGCACGAUGGGCAUUUGAGGUGGAACAGCAAGAAGCAGAACUCGGUGUCUUCUUUGAUACCGUCCUGGUGUGCGCUGUCACAGGCAGCACGUUCGCCGGCAUGAUUGCUGGAUUCAAGCUGGCUCAGAAGAAUGGGAGUAAGCCUAGGAGGGUCAUCGGUAUCGAUGCUAGUGCCAAGGUGAAGCAGACGUUUGACCAGGUCCUGAGGAUUGCCAAGUUCACCGCCGCAAAGAUUGGUCUCUCGGAGGACGACAUCACGGAGAAGGACGUCGAGCUGGUGGACAGGUAUCACGCUGGCACGUACGGCAUUCCGGAUGAGCAGACCAUCGAGGCCAUCAAAUUUGGUGCCAGCACAGAGGCUUUCAUCACGGAUCCAGUAUAUGAGGGAAAGAGCCUAGCGGGCAUGAUGGAUAUGAUCAAGAAGGGAGAAAUUCCUGGGGGCAGCAACGUGUUAUAUGCACACUUGGGAGGUCAGCUGGCUCUAAAUGCAUACUCAACGAUACCUUAA